CAAUUAUCUAAACGAUUACGUUUGCUUUCAGGACGAGUGAACUUAUAGCGUUAAUGGCAAUUUCUACAACGCUAUUUCUAUUUAUUCACACGAGGGAUUUGAGUAGCAAGUUAAAGGAGAUGGAGGUGAAAAUGCAGCCGGAAGACAUGGUUUCUGCCAAUCAAAUCAGUUCCGGUGAUAGCGGACCUGCCUCAUACGAUAUGAAGGCUAUGAUGAAAAUGCUCCAAGGCACCGGAGGGGUGACUUCACUAAACCCCUACGAACUGAACAACACCCGGAACGCACAGCAGGACGUAAUCUUCUUCAAUCGGGUUCCGAAGGUGGGUUCGCAAACGUUUAUGGAAUUACUACGCAGGCUGAGUAUACGAAAUGAGUUUGGGUUCCACCAGGAUCGCGUGCAGAGGGUUGAAACCAUUCGUUUGCCGCCCGAAGACCAGUUACGUUUAGCUGCACUUGUUUCCGGUUAUGAGUCACCUUCAGUGUACAUCAAGCACGUGUGUUUUACAAACUUUUCAGAGUUUGGUCUUCCCGAGCCGAUUUACGUGAAUCUCGUCAGAGACCCCGUAGAAAGAGUCAUCUCCUGGUAUUACUACAUAAGAGCGCCUUGGUAUUACGUCGAACGGAAACUGGCGUUUCCCGAUAUACCGCUUCCAGACCCGAAGUGGCUAAAAAAGGAUUUCGAAACAUGCGUCCUGUCGAAUGAUCGCGAAUGCAAGUAUUUAAAAGGCGAAACCAGAGAGGGAAUAGGAGACCACCGUCGGCAAUCGAUGUUUUUCUGCGGUCAUUCCGAAGAGUGCACGCCGUUUAACACAGAAGGUGCUUUACAAAGGGCGAAAAUGGCGGUGGAAAAACACUACGCGGUCGUCGGUGUUCUCGAAGAUUUAAACACGACCAUGACUGUUCUCGAAAACUAUGUACCUAAGUUUUUCAAAGGCGCGUCUGAGAUUUACUGGGAGGAAAUUAGCAGGUAUAAUACAAUCAACAGGAACACUUUCAAACCCCAGGUCGAUGAGAAGGUGAAAGACAUCGUCCGACAAAAUUUCACCAAGGAGAUAGAAUUUUACGAGUUUUGCAAGCAGCGAUUGCACAAACAGCUGUACGCGCUUAAACUACAGAAACCAUAAAGUCAGUGUGAUUAGUUAAAGAGAUGUUACGCAUCGAACAGUGUGAUUAGAGACUCUGUCUGAGGCUUUGGGUCGGCGUUUCCCGUCUCUCAUUUCGUUCUUCGCCUUGGGUGCACUACCUAGGAAGUUAUACUCCAAAUGGAAGUGUUCCCAAGUAAGUUUAACGGGCGACAACUAAAGCGUACCCCUAGGAUUUAAGUAUUAUUGAUGUGAUUAUUGUUUUAUAUUUAUUUUAGUUAAUUUUUUGUUAACUUCAAUAAUUGUACAUACGCAACUGAGAGGAAUAUAUUUAGAAUGUUUGCAA